AUGGAUGAUCCUGAUCCAAAUGUACGAUGUAAAUGGUGGGGUAUCAGACAGUAUAUUUUUAGUGAAGAUCCGGUUUCCGAGUUUACAAAAUUUACCACGCGAAAAAUGAGUCAUUUCACGGAAACCGUUUGUAUAGCACAUAAUGCUAAAGGGUUUGAGGCUCAAUUUAUUUUCAGUCAUCUUAUUGAAGAGAAAGGGCUUAGAAAUCCACCUGAAAUUAUUUUAAAUGGGACUAGCAUCCAUUUGAUAAAGGUAAAUCAAACCCGUUUUAUUGACAGCUUGAAUUACCUUCACAUGCCAUUAAGACAAUUGCCUGAAGCUUUUGGUUUAGAAGAGGCAAAGAAGCGUACAUUUCCCCAUUUAUUUAAUACUCCCGAAAAUCAAGAGUACACUGGAAAAAUACCUGAUGCCAAAUAUUUUUCACCCGAUACAAUGUCUCGUAAGGCUCGGGAGUCAUUUUACAAGUGGUACGAAGAAUGUGUCACAUCAGAAUACAAUUUUAAUUUCAAAGAAGAAUUGAGAUCAUAUUGUAUAAAUGAUGUGGACAUUCUUCGUAGAUCGUGUUUGGCUUUUAGAGCAUUAUUUCUUGAAGUUGCCAAUGUCGAUCCAUUUAUUGAGAGCAUAACAAUUGCAUCGGCUUGCUCAAAAGUUUUCAGAAAAAAUGAUCUAAAAGCUGAUCAAAUAAGCAUCAUACCACACGGUGGUUAUAGAAGGGCUGAUAGACAUUCGAAAAAUGCCAUCGAAUUGUUAUUAGCCUUAGAACGCGAUUUGGACAUUGAAAUGACUCAUUCAUGCAGGGCACGAGAAUUUAGAUUGCCAGAGGGAUGUCUAGUCGAUGGCUAUUUUGGAAAUAAAGAAGUAAGUACGAAAGUAGUUUACCAAUUCCAUGGUUGCUACUGA